AUGACGUCGUUGCAUCAAGGAGGAUGGAGUGGCAGCACAGCAACAGCCGAUACAGCCCAGGAGCAGCCGCCUCAAAGUCCAGGAAAUAAAUCAUUUAACCAGACCCCCGAGGUCACCACUAUCGUCCUCGCCUUCGCGGCUGUCGGGGGAAUUAUGGGAGUGCUCGCGCACUUCAACAACCGCUCGUUGUCAGACUGGCCGUACUACGUCACGCUGAACGCACUGAUCGCCUUGCUGGCAGCUGAAUCGAGAGCACCGUUAGCUGAUAUGGAGGCAUUCGAUGAAGCUAGUCGGGGGACGUGGGGUGCCCUCAAGCUUCUGGCCACCGCUCGCGGAGGGCACACGUCUAGUUUCCUUGGUUCAUUCGCGGCCGUCAUUAUCAUCUUCACCCUUGCUCUCGGGCCUUUUGCUCAGCAGAUUGUCACAUAUCGAACCAGAUCAGUCAUGAUUGAGAGCUUUGGAAGCGCGACAGUUGCCCGCGCAGUGAAUUACACUGCUGCGCUGCCGGGAAAAACCACACCUACUGGCUAUGUUCCCAUUCUGUCUCUCGAAUCAGCUGUGUACAACGGCUUGUUCGCGGAGUACGGCGGACCAAAAGCAGCGUUGAAAUUUGAGUACCAGACGGGCAAUUACAGAUGGCCAUCCUUCGAAACUGUGGGUGUCUGCCAUGAGUAUGUUGACCCUGUCGACGUAUUCAGCAUGACACCCCUGAUACCUUCGGCAAACGGCGAAAUGCCUCAUUCGACCAUCAUAAAACUGAUCUUCAUGGGAACGGAGGCAAAGAACGGGCGUGUGGGAGAACUAAAGCCCCGGGCUCAGCUGUGUGCGCUUUCGGCUUAUCUACAGACUAUAGACGCAACAGUCGUCAAUGGCGUGUUGAGCGAAAAUGUGACGACUCGCGUUGUUAACCAGACCGUUGUCAAUAUGACCAAGCAAGAGGAGGACGCGGACCUUGCCGCAUAUAUCACAGGCGCGGACAACACAACCUACCCGGUCGGGAAAGAAGCCAUAUUUGGUAUGCGCGGAUGGUUCUCCUCUAUUUCCGCUCCUGGAUCUGCCGUCCGAACAGCGACUAAUUUCAGCCGUACGAUCACUGACAACUCUGUGGUCGUGAACCUCACAGUGGGCAUCUCGAGCAGCAACUACCAUCAGUAUCAAAACGAUGACGGCAUAGAUAUGUUGAUGACUGAUAUGGCCACUUCGAUGACUGUGGCGUUCCGAUCUUUCAUGGGUGCGGUGCCGGUCUCGGGACAAGCCAUCUCGACGGAGUCGUUUGUCCACGUCCGCUGGGGCUUUGCUGUCCUCCCUAUCGUCGUUGUGGCGGCGGCGGCGCUGUUUCUGAUGGCAGCGAUUUACCGCACCCGUCAAUCUGAUACCAAGCUUCUAAAGAGCAGUGCUCUCGCCAUGUUGCUCAAUGGCUUGGACGAGGAUGUCAGGUCGCAAUUUAGAACAGUCGCUAGUCUCGAGAACAAGAAGAGACAGGCAAGGGCUGUUAUGGUCCAGCUGGAUGAAAGUAAUGGUGAGAGUCUACUGAGGGGUUAA